CUUUUGCAUAGUGUCUGGGCAUAUAAAGCAGAAUUCACCAUUGGAAAAGGGUUUUGGCUACGUGGCGAGUCGGGGCGCUGACCGCCGCGGGGGCGGACUCACAUACUUCUCCCCACUCGUGAGGCAAUGGUCUAUGACUUUGGCUUAAAUGAUUCUUAGAAAUUAUCCGACCAACUCUUUCAAUUUAUAGAUGAGAAAACUGAGUCAAAAAGAAACAGGUUGAAGGACGAUGGAGGCCAACGCUAAGAUGGUCAUCGGCACCGUCUGCUGCAGCUUUGUCACUUUUCAGCUUCUUUUCCAUUUCAUAAGUUGCUGGUUUUCAGCAAGAGUCUCUCUGGGCUAUAACAGUCUCAGCACCGAGAAGAAGAUCGAAUGGAACUCGAGGGUAGUGUCCACGUGCCACUCUAUGCUGGUUGGGAUUUUUGGUUUAUACCUCUUCUUCUUCGAUGAAGCUACUAUAGCUGAUCCACUCUGGGGUGAUCCAUCACUUGUGAAAAUAAAUAUUUCGACUGCUUCAGGCUACCUCAUUUCUGAUUUAUUGAUUAUACUUUUUAAUUGGAAAGUGAUCGGAGACAAAUUUUUUAUAAUUCACCAUUGCGCAGGACUAAUUGCAUACUACUUUGUAUUGAAAAUUGGAGUGCUUGCAUACAUUGCCAAUUUCCGCCUGCUUGCUGAGCUUUCCAGCCCCUUUGUAAACCAGAGAUGGUUCUUUGAAGUCCUGAAGUACCCCAAGUUUUCCAAAGUCAAUGUCAUCAAUGGAAUUCUUAUGACCGUGGUCUUUUUCAUCGUGCGGAUCAUCGCGAUACCUCCAAUGUACUUCUACGUUUACUCCGUGUACGGAACAGAACCCUACAUAAGGCUUGGAUCUGUAGUCCAUUUUGUCUGGAUCUCUUCUUGUAUUGUUUUAGAUGUGAUGAACAUCAUGUGGAUGAUCAAAAUCACAAAAGGAUGCAUGAAAGUCAUCUCUCUCAUCAGACAAGAGAAAGCCAAGGACAGCCUUCAGAAUGGAAAACUCGAUUAAAGGCGGCUUCAUCAGACAGCUGUGUCCACAGACCAUCUUCAUUCCCUGUCUUGUCUGAUAGGACGAGCUCUGUGCCGGCCGCUCUGUCAGGCAGCGUUGUUACUGUGGCGGUCUCAGUGUUUUUGUUUCUCCUUUCUUUCCUCUUUAGACAGGAGAAAAUGCAAUUUAGUUCUCAUUUCAGGAUUUCUUCUUUGCUUCUAUAUUUUUAGGCAUGGAUGGAAAUCGAAAGGUUUAAAUAAAAGUUGUAAGUAGAGUGGUAAAA